CUCCUCAAAAAGAAUAACUUCUUGUGGGAUGCGACAGCCGACACCAGCUUUGCAGCCUUGAAAACUGCAAUGACCACGGCUCCUGUCUUGCGCCUCCCCGACUUCAACCAUGUCUUCUACCUGGAGACCGAUGCGCCUAACUCCGGUGUCGGCGCGGUUCUACUACAACACGGACACCCCCUGGCUUUCUUCAGUAAAAAGUUGGGGCCUCGCCGCCGUCUUGCGUCCACUUACCAUAAGGAACUAUAUGCUAUUGUUGAAGCAGUGCAAAAAUGGCGUCAAUAUUUGCUCGGCCGCGAAUUUGUGAUUCGGAGUGAUCAACGCAGCCUAAAAGAACUUCUCCAUCAAGUAGUCCAAACACCGGAUCAACAAUUUUAUAUUCGCAAACUCAUGGGGUACAAAUUUCGCAUUGAGUAUAAAACCGGGGCUUCCAACCGCGCCGCCGAUGCCCUCUCCCGCCGGGACGACGACGCCGAACUAGCCACUCUAUUCACCACUUACUCCCGUCCGCUCCCGAAGCUACUGGACGCCUUGGCCGCCGAAAAUUCACAGGAUUCCGAACUCCAGCAGCUGCAUGCCGCGGUCACAGCCGGGUCAGCGAAGGCAGACUUCUCCGUGCAUGAUGGGCUACUCUAUUAUCGCCACCGCCUGGUCCUUAGUUCGGUAUCCCCCUUGCGCCAGCAGUUGCUCGCCGAAUACCACAGCUCCCCAAUGGCAGGACACCAAGGAGUGGAGCAGACGUUCCACCGCCUCGCCACCACCUUCUAUUGGCCAGGCAUGCGCAAGGACGUCCGGCAAUUUGUGGCUGCUUGUUUAGCCUGCCAAACAACUAAGUAUUCCACGCGGAAACCUGCAGGCUUGCUACAGCCCCUGCCCACGCCCGAUCAGGUCUGGGAAUCAGCUUCAAUGGAUUUCAUCACCGGUCUGCCACCCUCCCGUGGUGCUUCUACUAUCCUUGUUGUGAUUGACCGCCUGACGAAGCACUCCCAUUUUGGCUCCUUACCAGCAGAUUUUGACGCCCCUCGCGUCGCUCAGCUCUUUCUCGAUAUCGUCGCCAAACACCAUGGCUUUCCUCGAGAUAUUGUAUCCGACCGGGACUCGAUAUUUAUGAGCCUUUUCUGGAAAGAGCUCAUGCGUCUCAGCGGCACAACAUUGAAGUUUAGCACAGCCUAUCAUCCCCAAACCGAUGGACAGACAGAGGUAGUAAACCGUAGCUUGGAACAAUACCUGCGUGCCUUUGUGCACGAACGCCCGGCGCGGUGGACAACGUUUCUCCUUUGGGCUGAACUCGCCCUCAAUUGUAGCCAUGAUGAAAGCAUUGGAAUGUCCUCGUAUCAGGCCUUAUAUGGACGCCUGCCUCCGUCCAUUUUCCCAACCAUGUCCGUCCGUUCGCGUGUGGCGUCAGUCGAGGACCUCCUUCGGGAACGUGCCGACCUGCUCACUGAUUUGAAGACACAUUUGGAGAAAAUGCGCCAGCGCAUGGUCUCCCAUGCCAAUGCUCACCAUCGCGAUGUCUCGUUCAACAUCGGCGAUCUGGUCCUCCUGAAACUCCGGCCUUACCGCCAACACUCCGUCGCCAGGCCCCUAUCGUCAAAGCUGUCACGCCGCUACUAUGGGCCAUUUACCGUGCUGGAGAGAAUUGGCCCCGUGGCUUACCGGUUGCAGCUUCCGCCCGACAGUCGCAUCCACAAUGUCUUUCACGUGUCGCUGUUGCGGCCGUUCGUUCAGAGUGGCACCACCUUACCCUCGGUUGCACUUCCCACGGACUUCUUUAAGGGUCGCCCAGUGUCAGUGCCGCUCCGCGCCGUUGCCGCCCGCACAGUUCUGGUGAAUGGCCAACCCCAAGAGCAGUGGUUGAUUUCUUGGUUCGAUGGUGGUCCCGCAGAUAGCACAUGGGAACCAGUUGCAGACAUCCGCCGCCACUACCCCGAUCUCGACCUUGAGGACAAGGCCGUUGCCAACCCCGGGGGAGUUGAUACGGACGUACCCGGCAUGCAGGAUGACCCAGGUGAUACCGUUGUUCCGCAUGCGCGGCCAAAGAGGACCGUUCGACCCCCAAGACGUUAUCAAGAUUAUAUUUAAAUUAUUUCGUAAUUCAUUUAUUUUUGUACUCUAGAUUUUUUUUUAGGUGAGUGAAUUAUAAGCUCCUUCGAGGGUUUCUUUUCGGUUCUUUACCUCGUCGCUUUUCUUUGAACCGACAGGAUAGAUAAUCUAGUUCAAGUAGGAUUGGGAAAGUUGUUGUUAUUUAAGAGAGCCUUAACCUCUCUUUUCCUUAUGAAAUAACAAACCCUUCCUCCU